AUGAUUUUCUGCACACGCUGCCGCUGAAAUUGUCGAUCGGAUUUCAGCUGCUGUUCUUCUCGGUGGCCAGCACGAUGAUGGCGUUCGCGCUGACGAUCGUGCUGACGAUGAGAUCGAGGGAGAUAAAAUGGACGAUGAGUUUUCUGUAUAUGGCGACGUUUUUUCCGGUGACGAUGUUUAUAAUCAUUCAGCUGCCGUUGUAUGUGGAACUGGUGAAGAAUAUUUGGAGUUAUCGCCACAAUCUUUUGAAGUUCCUUCCCAUGGGUUUCGUCGCCCCAUUUUGGAAGCUUCCUUCCAAAAUUUUUAUCAGGAAAUUUGCUUGAUUUUUCAUCACUGCCUUUGCAGUGGCCAGUGGGAUUCAUGGAAAAAAAAAUUUAUAUUUUAUU